AUGGAGGCAAAGGAAAUAAAGGAAAAACAUGAGUCUGUUCAUACUGAGGGUCUUAUUAGCCAUAUACAGCUCAAGGGACUAAACUUUCAAGCUGAAGGUGGACGGCAAAUGACAAAGUUGCAGACCAUCUCUGCCAGUUGGGUUAUCUGUGAUAGCUGGGCCGGCGUAGCUGGAACCAUUGCACUGGCUAUCUCCCAGGGAGGCCCAGUAACCCUCGUUUAUGGACCGAUUUUGAUGUUCUUCCUCGUCGGCGCUUGUGCUCUCACUUUGGCUGAGCUGGCGAGCGUGUAUCCCACUGCUGGUGGGCAGUACCAUUGGACAUCAAUCCUCGCCCCAAAGGGUAUCAACCGAUCCCUGAGCUACUGUUGUGGUAUGACAAAUGUGUUCUCUUGGAUUGCCAUAUGCACCGGAAUCGCUAUCAUUCCCGCACAACUGAUCGUUGGUAUCGCCCUGUUCUACAAUCCAAGCUAUACACCGCAGCCGUGGCAUUAUUUCCUCAUAUACCAAGCCAUAAAUGGAUGCGUCCUACUAUACAAUAUCACACUGUUGAAAAGGUCACUGUGGAUUCAUGACCUGUCUUUCUUCGUUACUAUUGCUACCUUCCUUGUCAUUACCAUCACUUGUGUCGCCCGCUCAUCCUCCCACUAUGAGUCUUCAAGCAGUGUUUGGACAACUUUCAUCAAUGAUAGUGGCUGGAGUUCCGGUGGUGUCGCCUUCCUCACUGGUCUGGUCACCCCUAACUACAUGUAUGCUGGUAUUGACGGAGCUCUGCACUUGGCCGAGGAGUGCAAAAAUGCGAGCACGGUAGUGCCUCGAGCUCUGAUGAGUACUUUGAUCAUUGGAUUUGUUACCUCGUUCGCAUUCGUCAUUGCUAUGCUCUACUGUACUAGUGAUUUAGCUAUGAUCGCUACCUCGAACACAGGGGUCCCGAUCUAUGAGAUGUGGUACGAAGCGACUCGGUCCCCAACGGCUGCUACAGUCUUUGUCGUGCUGCUUUGCUGCGCUGCUGUUUUCGCACUCAUCGGCGCCCAGCAAACUGCAUCUCGUCUUACUUGGUCGCUGGCUCGAGACCGAGCUAUCAUCGGGAGCCAGUGGCUGAGUGAAAUCCAUCCAAUGCUCAAAGUUCCAGUCUGGAGUCUUACCUUCAACUUUGUGGUGAUGUUCAUCAUCGGCUGCAUUUAUCUGGGCUCUUCAUCGGCCUUCAAUGCAUUCAUUGGUUCCGGGCUCGUGUUGCAGCAUAUCUCGUACGCAUUUCCAGCCGCCCUGCUGAUGUACCGCAUGCGAUCUGAGGAAUGGCUUCCUGCAUCUCGAUCUUUCCGAUUGCCGGGUUUUGCUGGCUGGACGGUGAAUGCCAUCACUAUUGCAUUUGCCUUGCUUGUUCUGAUUUUCUACGACUUUCCUACCGUUCUUCCCGUAACUGGAAGCAAUAUGAACUAUACUUCGGCGGUACUUGGUGUUAUGGCGAUAUUUGGGGGCAUCAACUGGGCGAUCUAUGCACGAAGGAAAUAUGAUGGCCCACGGCUGGAGUCUCGACCUUCCUCCACCUUCCAACUCGCCUACCAACACUCUCACGGCAGCGGAGACGCUUAUGAGAGCUCUGUAACGGGCAUAAACGACAUAAUAUUUGCCUUGCUGUCCAUGUCAGCUCCUCCUGACAAGAAAAAAGGCUGCUUCCAAUGUUCCAAGCGUCGAAUCGUCUGCGAUAAUACCGAGCCUUCCUGUAUAAAGUGCCAGAAGAAAGGAAUCGAGUGUUCGGGAUUAGGGCGGAUUCGGUUCUCCAAUGGAGUGGCGCGACGAGGAAAGUUGAAGGGAUGCACCAUUCCGGUGGCCGAUGUCUCGCCCGAAUCCGCGUUUGAGACGCAAACACAAGCCGCAGCUGCCGUUCCGCGCAACAUAAGAUGGAAAGCUGACCAAUCGGGGAAUGCGAGGCGCAAGAGCGCGAAACGACGUGCGAGGGCACAUGAAGCAGACACGGAGGCGCGCGCCACACAGGAUGGCAAGGAGCCUGCGACCCAAGCGGGUACUAGUAGCCCCAUCGCAAUCGACAGGACCCAACUUGCACAUCGCUAUCCAAGAGAAUCUAUUGAUCCGAUCGAUGAGGUUGUCAACCAGUCAGAGGAUUUGGCUCUAGCCCUGGCGCCUGCCCCUGCUUCACCUGGGCCUAUUCACCCUUGGAUUGCGCCUCUAUCACCGCAGGCCCGAAUGUUAAUGUCACACUUUGCCGAUCAAGUCGCACCUGUCAUGGUCGUAUUGGAUCAUGUUUCGAAUGGAUACCGUGAUAUCCUAUUACCCCUUGCCUGUGAGGAUGAAUUGUUGAGGACCGCAAUUGGGGUUGUAGCGAGUCAACAUCUGGCUUUGUACAACCCUAGCUUUCAGAGUGCGGCUGACGAGGGCCGCGCGGUGAUCAUCUCCCGGCUCCGCCGAGACUCAUUACAAGCAUCACCCGAUCGGGUAUUUAACGUAUCUACUUGGGCUACCUUGAUUGUUCUGCUAGUUGGAGAGACCAUCACAGGAAGCUCUGAAUAUAGCCAUCUUCUCCAGACUUUGAUGUGCCUUAUUCAAAAUGUCGGGCAGAUUUCGCCCUCUGCAGCGCGCGACUUUCUGAACCAACAAAGUCAUAUGUUUGAAUUCCUGGGCCAGCCUCUACUAGGAGAGGCUCAUGGCGUCCAGGCUUUACGCCUACCGCUGGAUCACUACCUCGAUUGGACAUAUUAUGACCUCCCGUCGGAUUCCGAACAUCACAAACUCCUUCACAUAUCCAGGUUGGCUUUCAUUAAAGCUUCCCAGAUAUAUCUCGGGCGAGUGACUUCCAAUCGAGACCAGUGGGACCUACUGGAAGACCUGAAAAGGCUCGUUUCUCAAAUUGAUCCUGAGCAAAUGGGAUCCCAUGCAUUGGUAUGGGUCUGCUUCAUUGCUGCUGCUGAUAGCACCGAUCCCGAACAUCGCCGGUUCUUUGUUGAUCGAAUGAACCAGGUCUUUAUGAAAACAAAAUUCCAUAACAUCUCGGCUGGAAUGCAGUCGCUGCCAGCAAUCUGGUCACAGCAAGCUUCAAGUCGAUGGACUGAAAAUCUGGCCAAGCUAGCUCCUACUUUGAUCAUGUAA